AAAGCAACCAGCUCAACGGUUUAUCAGUCUGCUUGUUGCAGUUCCACGGAUAUCGGAUUUCCACCCAAUACCCUCCCGUCACCGCCCUCAGCUUGAAGAAUUCAUCCGUCACCGCCUCUGCACCGCCCUCGAGUUCCAACGGACCUGCAGCUUGUUUCCUUUGCUCGCCGCCUGCUGCUUGACGCGUUCGAUGCGAUGAUCGAGGUCGAAAACCUCAGGGCGGCGUCCACGUACGUCUGCAACCAGCUGCUGGCCCGCGGGCUCAUCGAUUGCCCAAUUGGUUUUGUUUCAGCCGAGCCGGACGAGGUGGCGGUUAUCCUGAGGGUAAUCAACGACUUGAUUCUACGGAAGGAUAGGGAUUCGGAGAACAGGGAAUCACUAGCAACCAACAUCCGCACCCUGCGAGCUGAGAAUCUGAGGGCCAUCGACGAUGUCCGCCGAGAGCGUGACGCCCAUGCCGACACCCGACGGAGCCUGCAGUCUACCGAGGCGCUGGUGCACACACUCCGCUCACAACUCGCCCACGCCGAGGCCUCGGUGCAGAAGCUGAAAGAGGAGGCCGUACGCACCCGCAGUGCGGUGGCACAAACUCGUGCAGCAUGUACCAAGGAGAUCCGUAAACGAGACCUCCAGAUUGACACGCUCAAAAAGGCCGUUGGUGAUGCGGGACGUGCCCGGGGCGAGCGCAAGGCACAGGCCAUCACCACCAUCACCGUCACUGGGGAUGCUGGUGCGACGGCAGGAGAUGCUGGUGCACCUGGCCCAGGUGCUACGGCCGACGAUGUCUAUGAUCUCCGACAGGAAUCGUCCUCGUUUCUGGCCGAGCUCGCCCAAGGGCUGUCGACCGAGAACGAGGAACUCAAAACGCUCAUCCACAAGGUCCAAUCCAUGCUCCAGGACAUGUCGGGCUAUCAAUCCGGCACGACCGACAGCGCACCGGCUGACGCUCCGCUUUCUCGCUCCGCUGGUGUCGAUGAGGUCGGGGCCGAGAUGGACGCGAUCCUGCUGCAUCUGAGGACGAUCCUCACCAACCCGUCAUUCGUGCCCAUCGAGGAGGUCGUUGUGCGCGAGGACGAGAUCCACAGGCUGCGCGAAGGCUGGGAGAAGAUGGAGUCGCGGUGGAAGGAUGCCAUGCUGCUGCUGGAGACGUGGCGAAGGCGAGUGGGCGAGGGCGGCCGCGCCGUCAACGUCCAGGAGAUCAACAUGGGUCUUCGCCUCAGCCCUGUCCGUGUCAGAGAUGCGGAGCCGGCACCACAAGACACGGCCAAACGAAUCCCUCCCCUGGACCUCGGCCUCGCGCCCGUCCGUGAGCAGGUGGAGGAGGACGAGGACGAGGAGCCACAAAGGAGGUUCCCACCUUCCCCAAGCCCGGCUGAAUCCCUCCACCUGGUGCCGGCCCCAGCCUUCGACAACGGCCCGGAUGACUCGGAUACCGACUCGGAGUCUAGCAUCUUUGUCGACGAGGACGAAGAAGAAGACAACGUGGUUGUCCUGGAGCAGUCCAUUAUGCUGGACUCCUCGCCGCUGCCGGUGCCGCCUAGGUUGAGCCCUCUCAAGGAGUCGGCCAGUGCUGGCAACAGACGAAACCCAGACGCCUCUCGGUCAAGGAAGAGACCAGGCGACUUCACCACCAUAUUAGAGGAAGACACUGUCGAUAUCGAGACGCUGUCGAAGCCACGCCAAAGCCCCAUAACGGCCGUGGCAGCCCGCCAGGUGCCACAAGAGCGCCCAGACUCGGCCGCGUCCUGCACCUCGGGCACCUCGACGGGCACAGAAAGCAGCAUCCGCCUCGUCCAGCCCGAGGCACCACCGCCCAACACCUCGGCCCCCGCGAAACCCACCCAACCACCACCGGCCAAGAAGCGACACACGACCAGGGCGGCCACCAAGGAGCAGAAGCCGCCCGCGAAGAAGCCCACCCGCCCCACGGCCCAGCCGGCCUCGUCCAGGCCCACCCGCGCCUCGGCGGCCAAGUCGGCACCGGCCCCGACGACGCAGAGCCGGCCUGAGAGUCCCGCCGAGAGCGCGUUCCGGCCCGGCCACAAGGCGACCAAGUCCACCGGCUCAGUCCAGACGGCGCCGCCCGCUCCCACGCCCCGCGCCGGCAGGAAGGCGGCGCCCACCACGCCCGCCAAGAUCGUCGUUCCACCCCCGGUCUCCAGCAGGCUGCCGCUCCCCCGCGUCGCCAACGCCAACGGCGUGCCGCAGAGCCCGCUCACCAUGGCCACCAUUGCCGCCAAGCUGGCCGCGUCUGAGCGUGACGCCGACGCCGCCCGCGUCCGCGCCAAGCUCAAGGCCGCGAGGCAGGGCCGCGGUGGGCGCGCCGCCACCAUCGCCGCCGAGGCCGCGUCAGCCCCCAGUAGCAGGGCCGCGUCCAACGAGACGGCGCGGUCGGCCGAGGACAGCGAGGUCGGCGGCGCCAGCAUCGGCAGCAGCAACAGCGCCGACUCGGUCAAGCGCGACUCGCCUGCCACUUCGGCCGCGUCGUCGGCGCGCGCGUCCCCCGCCGUGGACCAGGACGCGAACAGCAGCAGCACCGGCUCGGCCACGGUCCGCAUGGUGGUGGGUGAGCUCACGUCGCCGCGGAAGCGGGGACGCCGCGCAGAGAGGGUGGCGUCUAGACGUCGCAGCACCCUCAACGCGUGGGAGCUCAACACGCUCAUCUCGGGCGAGGUUGCCGUAUCCCCUACCAAAUGAGGAGGGGUGUACCUGUCGGACGUGGUUUGGUGCUAGGAGUCUUGGUGUCUGACUUUUUUUUCACUCUUGUCUCUUUUUCACUUGGCUCAGGACUCAUGUGAUCAUGACUUCUUCUCUAUUCCCCUUAGGGUUCUUCUCCUCACGUGUCGGCGAUAGUUCAUGAUUUACGACCAUCUAGACUACCCCCCUAGUUUGGCAUUUCGCCUCUGCUUAGUAGUUUCUUGAUUCCCCUUCCAGAGAGCAUGCUUUAAUCAUAGCACCUAAUACCUCACCAUCCUACC